AUGGCGUCUCGUUCCAGUUCAACUUCGGAAGGCGAAGUUGUCGAUACCCAACACAAGGCAAACACUAUCAGUCAGCGCGGCGAAACUGCGAUUAACGGCUCUAGCAGAGUGUCUGGAUAUGAUGGUGCCUCGGACAGAAACGGUACAGCAGCUCUUGGUAACUCUGCGCAUUUGCGACAUGGUCUGACCAGCCUAGGAUACAAGUAUCGCGCUCCAAGUCGCUCGCCUUCUCCGUUCCGUCGGAAACGAACUCGGUCGCCCUCACCAUAUCGCAACAAGCGCGCGUCCGAACGCUCACCGUCGCCUUUCCGACACGGCCGCAAUGAUCGAGGACACGAUGGUAGCGAUUUACGGUCCCAGCAUAAACGCAAAGCCUCGCCGCCGCGAGGUAGCCGGCCUGAGAAGCGCCACAACACUGAUCGCAGCAGAUAUGGCGACCAUCCGCGGAAGUCUUGCGCAGACGAUCUGCGGAACGGACAGUCUCAAUCCGGGUUCGUGAAAGCCGCACAGAAACCGACUGAGAGGCCCUACGUCAAGUAUGUCUCGUACGCUGAGAUCGAGCAUCAGACACCUGCUGUGCCACGCUUCAGUGACCAUAUAGUCGCUGGUAGUGGACCUACGAGGCAGAGUGACAACGGUCCCAGGAUUGAACGAUCCAGCCAACAGGUGACUCGCGAUACGGAGAAGCUCAGCAUCCAAGACAACGCAGGAAGACAAGCGCAGCAGACGAAAGAUGAGGCGAAGGGCACAACCCAGUCCGACAUCACGGUAGCACCCGUUGGAGACAAGGCCCCGACUCCGGAAACGCGCGAAGAGAAACGUCGCAAGUGGGCUGCGAUUCGCGCUGCAGCUGAGCAGAAGCCCAAGGAGAAUCUCUUGCAACAAGCAGUUCUUACUAACGCCUCUGAGACCACCACUCCUAACAUUGGCUCUCCAGCAGCUCUCGAUACCACCAUGUCACCCUUUCCUUCUCCUCGCGCCGGCGACCUCGAUUCAGUACCAGCAUCUCCAGAUGUCAUGAUCAUCGACAAGCAGGCCCAACAUAGUCGUGGAAACAGCCCAGCGGUUGCGAGCCCUUCAGCGGUUGACUAUGACCCUACACAAGAUAUGCUAGACGACCGCAAUCGUGCAUUUAGGAAGAACACCAGCUCAGACCUGCGAUCCGAUGCGUAUAGCGAAACCGAUCCCAGGGCUCUAUCCACAUUGCCAGCCGAGAAGGUGGUCCCAGUAAAGAAGCAGAAGAAGGACUUUGACAUGUUCGAUUUCAGUGAUGACGAGGAUGAAGCUGAGGAUGUUGUACAGGAACACGAAGGACCAGCAAAAGGGACCGUGCUGGAUGAGAAGCUUCUUGAGAAUUGGGAUGACCCUGAAGGAUACUACAAGAUCAUCAACAACGAGCUGGUGAACGGUGGUCGCCAUCGAAUGAUCAAGACGCUGGGUCGAGGUGUAUUCGCCAAUGUCGCACAGGCGGAAGAAGUCACUGCAUACAACGACGGACAACAGAGCAGGCUUGUCGCCAUCAAGAUGAUACGUAGGAACGAGCUGAUGAGGAAAGCCAGUCAAAAGGAGAUGGACUUCCUACAGAAAGUCAAUGAAGCAGAUCCGCAGGACAAGCGCCACAUUGUUCGACUUCUGGGCUCCUUUGACCACAAGGGCCACUUGUGCAUCAUCUUUGAGCACAUGUCCAAGAACUUGCGGGAUCUACUCAAGGAAGAGACGAAUGGCCAUGGACUUGCGUUGCCAGCCGUCAAAACGUACGCGCGACAAAUGUUUCUCGGAUUGCAACAUCUACAGAACUGCCAGGUCAUCCAUCUGGAUUUGAAGCCUGACAAUGUGCUGGUAUCUGCUGACAAGAAGACCGUCAAGCUGGCUGAUUUCGGUACGGCAGUCGACAAACGAGACAAUAUCGAGCGUACCGAGUAUCUGGUUAGUCGAUUCUACCGCGCACCUGAGAUCAUCCUGGGUAUGGACAUAGGCUAUCCUGUCGACAUGUGGGCUGUGGGCUGUACCGCGUACGAGCUCUGGACCGGCAAGAUCCUGUUCACUGGGCGGUCGAACAACCAAAUGGUCAAGGCUUUUAUGGACUGCCUUGGAUGGCCGAGUGAGAAGCUGCUGAAAAAGGGUCUCGUGAACAACGUUCUCGAGCACUUCGAGCCUGGGCCGCCGUUGAAGUUUAUCAGCCGGGAAGUUGAUCAGUACAAUCAGCUAUCUGUGCGCAAGAUUGAACAGCAAAAGAAGAUCAGUCGAGACAUCAAGACCAGAGUUCACGACGCUGCCCGUGGCAUCGCUCAAGGCGGUCCCAGUGUUGCUGAACUGAACGACUUCGCCGACCUGCUGAACGGAACUCUACACAUGAAUGUCGAGAAGCGCAUCCAGCCCAAGGAGGCUCUCUCGCACAAAUUCUUCGCCAGCAAAAACCUAACUCCCAGGUCAGCCGUUGUCAAGCCGCCAGUCAUGAAGCAGGCUACACCUGGUAUCCGGAGAUGA